CAUUGUUGUGGGAGAGAGGGACAUAGCUGGCAUGAGCGGGUUCGGGGAGAUAAUCGCGAGCGCCGUGGGGAAACAAGUCGCGGGCAUGCUCGGUGAACUCGCCACGGAGGAGGCCACCCUGCAGUGGAAGUUCAAAGACGAUGUUGAUGUCAUGGCGGACAAGAUGCAAGAUCUGGAGGCCGUUUUGCAUGAUGCGGAUGAUAGGCUGCGUCGACGAGGAAGAGAUGGGGAAGCUGUUGGGCGGUGGCUCACCAAAUUCAAGUCCGUCGCCUACGACGUCGAGGACGUGCUGGACGAUCUGGACGCCACCGAGCUCUUAAAGAAGAGCCAACCAAAGUUGAAGCUGUUCUUUUCCUGGAACAAUCAAAUUCUCCGGCGGAUUACCAUGCCUCACAAGCUGAAGAACCUGAGGGGGGAAAUAGAAAAAGUAGGAAAGGAGGGCCAGGCUCUCAAUCUUGUGAGAAAUCAAGAACGGGCAGAAGGGAGCAGAAACAAUGAAACUUUUGUAGGCAUCUGUGAUGAAGGCUUGAAAUCUGGAGUGGUGGGGAGGGAUAUGGAGAAGGACAAAAUAUUCAGGCUGCUGCUAAACUAUGAUGAUAACGCUAGAGAAGAUAUAUCUAUCGUCUCGAUUGUCGGGCUUGGUGGCCUAGGGUAGUCAACAUUGGCUGAAUCAGUCUUUGUCCUAGACAAAAUGGCCAACAAUUUUGAAGUCCGAGCCUGGGUCCAUGUGUCUAAGGAGUUCGAUCUGGGCAAAAUUGGGAGUGCCAUCCUCAAAAGCAUAAAUACCAGUAUCAACCUUGACAACUGUAGUUUGCAGUUUUUACAAGAAAAUCUCAAAAAGGAACUUGCUGGUAGAAGGUACUUGAUUGUUUUGGAUGAUCUUUGGGAAGAGGAUGCGGAUAAGCUGGAAAGGCUGAAGCAGAUGUUACAACAUGGCUGCAAGGGUAGCAGAGUUAUUGUAACUACGCGGAACCAAAGGGUAGUGAAUAAAAUGAGAACCGGUGUUCUUGCGAACCAAAGGAAAAUUUGUCCCGUGCCCAACUCUGAUCAAAUCAACUUGUGUGUAUUAUCAACUGAUGACUGUUGGGAAGUAAUGAAGCAAACAGCAUUUGGGCCUGAUGAUGACAAAAGUGACUUGGAAGAAAUUGGAAGGAAAAUUGCAGAGAAGUGUGGGGGUGUACCACUCGUGGCAAUUGCCCUUGGGCAAGUAAUGUCCGAGUUAAGGACUGUCGAGGCAUGGAAAAAAAUAAGAGAUACGAACAUCGAUUUAGGUCACAGAGAUCACAAGGACACAUUGGAGCGCCUCAUGCUAAGCUAUUACUACAUGAAGUUGGAAUUCAAAAUGUGCUUCACAUAUUUGGCGGCCUUUCCCAAGGGCUUUGUUAUAGACAGUGAUCGUCUAAUUCAGCAAUGGAAGGCUCUUGGAUACAUUCA